AUUGCUACUUUUUAGCAAAAUGACAAAUAUAAUUUAAUAUUAAGAUAACUUAAGAUAAAUCGAGAAUAUAAAUUAAAUGCUUCUCAAUAUAAGAAAAUGGCUAAAGAAAGUGAUAUGUCAUUAUACAGCGAUGUGCUUGAACCAUUUCGUAGGGUCAUAAACACUGAACCACCAAAAGACAAGUUAUCGGCGUCUACAAAUCUAAACUUUUCUGAUAGUACUCAAUCUAUAAAAGAAGGCCUCUCCAAUCUACUGACAUUUGGUAAAAGAAAGUCGAGUAUCGGUAGUGUAGAUGAUGUGACACCAGAUAAGAGGCUCAGAAGAGACUCAAGUGGUAAUGGAACCACAGCACCACCAUCACCAUGGGAAACAAAACGUUUGAAGAUUGAUCUGAUUGCUGCAAAAGCACAGAUAACCAAAUUAGAAUCUAGAGUAAACCACCAGCAUACUAUACGUAAAGAGAUGCAGAUAUUGUUUGAAGAAGAGAAGGCAUCUCUUAUAGAACAGCACAAGAGAGAUGAAAGAGCUGUCAGUGAUAUGGAAGAUAGGCUGCAGUUGAUACGUAGGCGAGAACAAGAGUUAAAAGAUGAGUUUAAUACGGCCGCCAAAGAGCAUAAAGAUCUUAAAGCAAAUUGGGAUAAAGAGAAGACGGAUCUCCAUAAACAAAUAGCAGAUCUCAAGGAUAAAUUAUUGGAAGCUAAUGUUAGUAAUAAAGAUCAAAUAUCAGAAAUGAAAAAGGACAUGGAUGAAUUGUUACAGGCUCUGGAAGGUGCACAGUCGGAAGUUGAAAUGCUUAAAAAAGAGCUAGUGAAGCAGACAAGUCGUGCCGAACAGUGCACUCAGUUGAAGAAUCAACUGGAGAAACAGAACUUUGAAUUCCAACAAGUGACCUCGAAAUUAAAGGAGCUUGAAUAUGAAAGGGAUUCUUAUAAAGACUGGCAGACUCAGUCUAAGACAGCCCAAAAACGUCUUUGCAAUAUGGCCGAACUUGAAAAGGAAGUGACGCGUCUCCGAGCCAAUGAGCGUUCGCUUCGUGAUGCGAUUUGUAAUAAGUUGUUGCUGGAGGAACAAGUUCAUCAACUCACUUCCAGAGUUGAAGCUCUUCAACCUGUUCAACUGGAGUUGCAUGAGGCUAAGGUGAAGUUGUCGAGUGUCGAGUCUCAGUUGGAGUCGUGGAUGAGUGCGGCGCGCGCGCACGGCGUGGAGUCCGCGGGCGCGCUGCGCGACGCGCUGGAGUCCGCGCUCGGAGCGCAAAUCACCGCCACCGCGGACUCCACGCAGGCGCAGUCGGCCCUCGCGCACCUCACCGAGGAAGUGGCGACAUUGAAAUACGAACGCGACAAGGCCACAGGAAAGUUGAAUGAUCUCACAACGGUACGCAAAAACCAGGAGAGUCUCAUACACAGACUGCAGAAGCGAUUGCUAUUAGUUACUAGGGAAAGGGAUAGUUAUAGGCAACAACUAGACUGCUAUGAGAAAGAGUUAACGGUGACACUGUGCGGGGAGGAGGGCGCCGGUAGCGUCGCCUUGCUGUCGGCGCGCGUACAGCAACUAGAGAAGAGCCUUCAGGGAUACAGAGACCUGAUUGCCGCUCACGAUCCUCAUGCGCAUUCCAAAGCUCUGGAGAGUCUCCGCAACGAAGUGACGCGAUGGCGCGAGGAGGCGGAGGGCGCGCGGCGUGACGUCACCAAGCUGCGGACACAGCGCGACCUGCUCACCGCCAGCCUCGAGCGGAUCGGUCCUCAGACGAAGGUGCUACACUUAACGAACAACCCUGCGGCAGAAGCACAAAAACAAAUAUCAAAAGAAUUAGAAGCCGCCCAGGAAGAGAUAAAGAAGUUGAAGGUUGCUCUACGCGAGGGAGGGGCUCAGGCGGACCCCGAGGAGUUGCAACAGAUGCGACAGCAGUUGGAGAACAGUCGAAUUAAGCUUAAGAGAAUGAAAGAAGAGUUCACGUCUUCCGCUCAAGAAUACAGAGACGUUUGUUACAUGCUCUUAGGGUAUAAAAUUGAUCGCACUGGGCAUAAAAAUUACAGGAUAUCGAAUAUGUACGCGGAGUCGUCCGAGGAAUAUUUGACGUUUACCCUGUGCGACGACGGCAUCGAGAUGGUCCACACCGACUACUCGGAGACUCUGGGCGAUCUGCUGGACCUGCAUCUGCACCAGCAUCAGUCCAUACCCUUGUUCCUCAGCGCUCUCACCAUGGAGCUCUUUACGAAAACCACAAUCCAACACGCGAUCGAAUAGAUUUUUUUAUGAAUAUCAGUAAUACCGUAGAUUGGGGUGAAUCGGGACCCUUUCCAAAUCCAACACAAAUUUUCAAUGGUUUUUCUUAGCGUUAUUAUACAUAGUUCAUUACAAUAUAUACACAAAAACUGAAAAAACUAGCUUCACCGUAUAACAGUAUGGAGACAAUAGUUUUUCGAUAGGGCUGGCACUAUUUAGUUGUUAGGUAGGUACCUAACUUUAGGUAAUUAACUUUUUAAUAUCUUUAAUGAGUUAACAAA